GUUGCCACAACAACCACAGAAGCAUCAACGACAACCACAGCUGCAGCAACGACAACCACAGCUGCCCCAACAACAUCCACAGCUGAAGCAACGACAACCACUGUUGCCCCAGCAUCCAAAGAAGCAGCAUCGACAACCACAGCUGCCCCAACAACAAUCACAGAUGCAGCAACGACAACUACAGCUGCAGCAACGACAACCACAGCUGCUCCAACAACAUCCACAGAGGCAGCAAUGACAACCACAGCUGCUCCAACAACAUCCACAGCUGAUGCAACGACAACCACUGUUGCCCCAGCAACCACAGAAGCAGCAACGACAACCACAGCUGCCCCAACAACAACCACAGAAGCAGCAACGACAACCACAGCUGCCCCAACAACAACAACAGAAGAUGCAGCAACGACAACCACAGGUGCUCCAACAACAACCACAGAAGCAGCAACGACAACCACAGCUGCAGCAACGACAACGACAGCUGCUCCAACAACAACCGCCCCAACAACAACCACAGAAGCAGCAACGACAACCACAGCUGCCCCAACAACAACCACAGAAGCAGCACCGACAACCACAGCUGCCCCAAAAACAACAACAGAAGCAGCAACGACAACCACAGCUGCUCCAACGACAACCACAGCUGCGACGACAACAACCACAGAAGAGGCAACGACAACCACAGCUGCCACAACAACAUCCACAGCUGCCACAACAACAUCCACAGCUGCCACAACAACAUCCACAGCUGAAGCAACGACAACCACAGCUGCCCCAACAACAACCACAGAAGCAGCAACGACAACCACAGCAGCCCCAACAACAACAACAGAAGAUGCAGCAACGACAACCACAGGUGCUCCAACAACAACCACAGAAGCAGCAACGACAACCACAGCUGCAGCAACGACAACGACAACUGCUUCAACAACAACCACAGCUGCAGCAACGACAACCACAGCUGCUCCAACAACAACCACAGCUGCAGCAACGACAACCACAGCUGCCACAACAACAACCACAGAAGCAGCAACGACAACUACAGCUGCAGCAACGACAACCACAGCUGCCCCGACAACAACCACAGAUGAAGCAACGACAACCACAGCUGCCCCAACAACAACCACAGAAGCAGCAACAACAACCACAGCUGCUCCAACAACAACCACAGAAGCAGCAACGACAACCACAGCUGCUCCAACAACAACAGCUGCCCCAACAACAACCACAGAAGCAGCAACGACAACUACAGCUGCAGCAACGACAAACACAGCUGCUCCAACAACAACCACAGAAGCAGCAACGACAACCACAGCUGCAGCAACCACAACCACAGCUGCCCCAACAACCACCACAGAAGCAGCAACGACAACCACAGCUGCCCCAACAACAACCACAGAAGCAGCAACGACAACCACAGCUGCAGCAACGACAACCACAGCUUCUCCAACAACAACCACAGAAGCAGCAACUACAACCACAGCUGCAGCAACGACAACCACAGCUGCUCCAACAACAACCACAGAAGCAGCAACGACAACCACAUCAACAGCAACGACAACAACAGCUGCCCCAACAACAACCACAGAAGCAGUAACCACAACCACAGCUGCUCCAACAACCACAACCACAGCUGCCCCAACAACCACCACAGAAGCAGCAACGACAACCACAGCUGCCCCAACAACAACCACAGAAGCAGCAACGACAACCACAGCUGCUCCAACAACAACCACAGAAGCAGCAACGACAACCACAGCUUCCACAACAACCACAGAAGCAGCAACGACAGCCCCAUCUACAGCAACGACAACAACAGCUGCCCCAACAACAACCACAGAAGCAACAACGACAACCACAGCUGCUCCAACAACAACCACAGAAGCAGCAACGACAACCACAGCUUCCACA